GCUCUUUUACGCUCACACUUCUUACGCUUCUUAUUAGUGUGGGAGACUCGUCGGCUGGGAAGCUUGUCGGCCGCGUCUCGGAUAAACAUCUAAGUUUGAGUAGUUUUUCAAAUAAAUUCAAUCGAGAAAAGAUAGCAGAAGAAAAGUGAAUCGUACAAUAUGUCGUGUUGCGGAGCGGAGGAAGAAGAUGAACAACAACCUGAUCCUACCAGGGUUCGGGGGUGUACAGAUAUUUUUUGGCUAUGUUUGUUCAUUGCUUUCUGGUGUCUUAUGAUCUUGAUUGCUGCAUUUGCCUUGGUUUAUGGCAAUCCAGUGAGGCUUAUCAAUGGAUACGAUAGUUUUGGUAAUACAUGUGGAAUGAAUAAUGAAAAAUUUGGAAAAAUGGAAUUAUCUGGUCAAGAUACCAGCGAUAAACCAUAUCUGUUUUUCUUUGAUAUGAAAGAUGUGAAGCAAUCACUGCAAAUAUGUGUGAAAAAAUGUCCAGACAGGACAAUGAAUUCACUGAAGGAUGUAUGUCAAUUUUACAAAGAAACUGGCUCUCAAUUGUGUCAUCCGGCUGGUGACUUUUCACCUUGUGACGAUCGUAGUAAAAACAAAACUGGAUACUGUCCGCCUAUGCCAGUUUAUGACAGCAUUCCAAUCCUCAAUAGAUGUAUACCGAAAGCAAUAAAGGAUGCAACAGCUACAUUAAUUUCUAAUCUAUAUGGUGUGCUGAAUUCUUGGGAUGUGAUCGAACAGAUUUUGGGGGAUCUCUAUAAAACACGGAGAGAAAUUUUGGGACUUUCAUUCUUGGCAUUUUUUUUGUCCUUGUUCAUGAUUGCAAUUUUCCACUUAUUGGCCAGCGUUGUAACAUGGAUUAUUAUGUUUCUCGUUAGUGUUGCCUGCAUUGGUGGUACUGGUCUUUUGUGGUGGACCUAUGUUGGAAUUAAACGAACGUUGGAUGCUACUAAUCCUAGUGAAUUGCUGGAAGAAUCGGUCCGAAAUGAAAAAGCUUUUUUGGCGUUUGCUAUUAUAGCCACAAUAAUAACCAUAAUUCUUCUCUUCCUGUUAUGUAUAGUAAGGAAACGUUUGAAUUUCAUGGCUGCACUAUUCAAGGAAAGUGCAAAAUGCUUAGCCGAACUUCCAGGCUUGUUUUUCCAGCCUCUUCUAACUUUUACAGCUCUCAUUAUUUUUUUCAUAUUCUGGGUCGUUGUGAUUCUUUGCCUCGCUACGGCCAAUUAUCCUGGUACAAAGUCGGUACAGAUGCUAAAUGCAUCAGGUAACGUUCAAUUGUUGCGAUCUUCCGAACAAAUAAAUACAUUUGUCGAACAGAAAAGGCUCGACUUGCCUAUCAAGAGCCCUAAAACUUUUACGUUCGUUGAGUUCGUCGAUUCCACGUGGGUCAAGUACAUGUGGUGGGUUUAUAUAAUUGGUCUCAUUUGGAUUUCGGAAUUUAUCACUUCCUGUCAAGAUAUGGUGAUUUCUGGUGCUGUCGCUCACUGGUAUUUUCGAGGAAAAAAUGCAAGUGCAUCGCCCGUGUGUUCGGCAAUGGGAAAUUUAGUAAGCUAUCAUCUCGGCUCAGUCGCUUGUGGCUCUUUGCUCAUCACUAUAUUUAAACUGCCUCGUCUGAUCCUCACCUAUUUGCAUCAAAAAUUCGAAAGAACCAAAGAAACUUCACCUUGCGCUCAGUGUGGCCUGAAGACUUGUAUUUGCUGUUUUUUCUGUUUAGAAAAAUUCAUACGUUACAUGAAUCACAACGCUUACACAGUGGUUGCUAUUGAGGGAACACACUUUUGCAACGCUGCGAGAAUUGCGUUCUCGACACUCGUAAGCAAUGCUCUACAAAUAGCUGUUAUCAAUGGUAUCGGAGAUUUUGUGCUUUUCCUGGGGAAAUGUUUCGUAAUGGCUGCAACGGGGAGUAUAGGUUUAUUGUUCAUGAGACAAGACCCGAGAUUACACUUUUACGCAGCUCCCAUAUUCGUCACCUGUAUAUUCGCAUUCAUCAUAGCACAUUGCGUAAUUUCUCUCUACGAGACUGUAAUCGACACGCUAUUCUUGUGUAUAUGCGAGGACAAACACCUCAAUGGGGAGAAUGGAAAGUGGCGUCAGUCUCCGCUAGCGCUUUUUGACGGUAAUCCAAAUCCCGAAGUUCAACAAGCCCACGAGUUAGCACCUAUGAAUCAAUGAUGAAAACCGUGAUAUUUCGAGGGAAGCAAGAGUUACGCUUUGUUCUCUAAUGAAAGUAGAACAAUGUUCUCUGCCUCUUCUUUUUAUUCAUAUUGGCUAUCUCCUCAGUCAUUGGGAAUUGUGCCACAAGGGUGGAACGACCUGUAUCUCAGUUAGAUACGCGUUUGCAUAGCAUAAUUUUUUACGUUACAAUGAAAAAAGUUGCGACUAAUCACGUAGUUCUAUCUGCGUGUAUAACAUAACGCAUAUGCUAUGAUUGGGUGGAAUUUUUUAUGCUACGUUAUGCUAUACUAUGCAAAAGUGUCCAUGAGUGGCUUAGCUAAUAUUUUUUUUUGAAAAUUGUAAAAAGUGUGCAACAGAGAAUUUCCACCGAUCGUGAGACUGAUAGAUCAUCUUAACGAACAAUGAUCAACAGUCCUGUUGACAUAAUAUAUAUAUAUUUUUUCUCAUUCAUAGUACAAGAUUCCGAUUAACAUAGGAGGCGAUCAUGCUCUCGUGGCAACGACUAUAGCCAUAAUUAUUUUUGCUGCAAUCGUACAAAUGAUUAAAUCUUUCCAUUGAGCGUGCAUCGAAAAGAUUUGGUUUUCGUUCCAGACACACGCCAUCCCUCGGACAUUGUGUCGAAAACAAAUUGAAGUAAUUUAAGAUAUUUGUGCGACAAAAGAGGUCCAUUUUAACAUAAGAAAUGUGUGCAAUAGGAAGCGUUAAAAUAUGUACAAAAAGAGAGUAUCUGUACUUUAAUACUCGUGGAAAUGCAAUGAAAAACGAUGAACAAAAUAGCAACAAAGAUGAAGUACAUUCAUAGUUUCAUAAGGCAUCAGGCUGCCAUGUCAACUGCUUCCGAAUUGAAUUCAUUUUUUUCGUGAUACGUUCAGGUAGUAAGAUUAGCUUUUAGUUAAAAAAGUGUCAUUAUUGAAGAGUCAACAACACCUCGGAAGUUUAUUUCUUAUUUAAUCAUUGUGUUUUUCUUGUAAUUCUGCCUUUUGAGGUCAGUGGUUGUUUUCAUUUUGUCAAUUCACUCUAAUAUUAGGUAUAUUUUUUAGCCGAACGUAUGGAAACGUACAUAGAGGCUCGCGUGAAUAAAUGUACAAAAUACUUUUGGAUCCCGGGUGCCAGGAUACUUUAACUAUAUUUGUUAAUGUUUUUUUCUCCCAGUGUCAUUCAGUAUUUUUUUCAUUUCUAUUAUAAUUCAUUUCGCAUGUGUAGAAUGUAGCGCAACUAAGCAGACCAACGAUCAAGCUAUUGCAUCACACUUCGUUAAAAAAAAACGCAAAUGCUUUCGACAGUUAGUACAAUGAAUUUUACCAACGUUGAUGUCAAUACAAUCUAUAUGUACUUUUAUCUUUUACACUUAUACACAAAACGAUUUAUAUAUGUGCGUCUAUUUUUUAAUAUUCUCCGACUUACAUAAUAUACAACUUUUUUGAAAUGCAA